AUUUUGGACUCUAAUAUUUACAACUUGAUCUUACGAAUUUCACAAGUUGUGCAACCUAAAAUUGAAACAAUUUAGAAUAAUAGUACAAUUUAUUUUGUUUUGUACGCAUGUAAAACCAUGUUUAGGAAACAGCUAUGACAUCACAAUAUAAAAAAUUUACUAGGUUAAUCGCUAAAUGGCCAUUGGACCCUACGAAAGGUGAAAGAGAUUUGGGCCUAUUGAUAAGAAAUAAAGUUAAAUUAGCUUUUGAUUCCCAGAACACACAGACCUUAAACACCGAGACUUGCACUAAGCACUACAAUUCAUUAAACAAAUUAGCUGAUAAUUUCUACAGAAACAAAUAUAAGCGCACUAAGCAUAGUACUGGGACGGGGCUUAGUACUGAAGAAUGUAAAAUCCUGUUGUCUAAUGAAGCACUAGAGUUUUUUAAGGAAGACAAUAAAAAAUGUAUACAGAAUAGAAAUCAUACUCCGUUGAUGGUGAAUGAAGUCAUCAAAUAUUUAAGGCCCAUUGACAAUGAAUUAUAUAUAGAUAUGACAUUUGGAGCAGGAGGUCAUUCUAGGAAAAUAUUAGAAUCUGUGAAUUGUAAUUUAAUAACAGUAGAUAGAGACCCCUUUGCAUAUGAAGAGUCUAAAAAGCUUGCAGCAGAUUAUCCAAACAGAGUAACACCGUUAUUGGGUAAGUUCAGUGACUUGCCAAUGUUGUUAAAAGAAUAUGGAAUAAGACAAGCUUCUGUUGAUGGAAUCUUAUUUGAUCUUGGAUGUUCAUCACUGCAGUUGGAUAAUAGUGAGAGAGGAUUUUCUAUCAGUAAGAAUGGAAUUCUAGAUAUGAGAAUGGAUGCAGGACAUGACCCCAAUCAAAUAACAGCUAGAGAAGUACUUGCCACUGCUAAUGAAAGUGAACUAUACAAAAUAUUCAAGAUAUAUGGUGAAGAGAAGAAAUCUGCUAAGAUUGCACAAGCUAUUAUUCAAGCCAGAUUUAUGAUAAAGAACAUUGCCACUACUCACGAGUUAGCAGAUAUAGUAGAUUCAUGCUGUCCCAAUGAAUUUCGUUUAGAUAAACUACAACGUUCUCAAUCAAAUGCUGCUAAAGUAUUUCAAGCCCUACGUAUUUUUGUUAAUAAUGAACUAAAUGAAUUAAAUUAUGGAAUGUUAUUGGCCAAAUAUUAUCUUAAAUUAAAUGGUAGGCUGAUUACCAUAUGUUCACAUUCACUUGAAGAUACUAUAGUAAAAAGACACAUAGCUGGUAAUAUAGUCAAUGAAACAGCAAAUCCUGUACCUCUGAGAUAUUUAAGUCCUAUGUUAGUUCAAGACCAGGAUACUAUCGAUCAGUUCUUAGAUACUCCAUGGAAGUGUAUAAAUAAGCAUGUGGAAGUUCCUACAGAUGAGGAGUUGGAGAGUAACCCUCGAAGCAAAAAUGCAAGACUUAGGGCUGCAUUGAAAGUGAAAUAGUCUAUGAACCUCUAAAUGGCAAUGUAGAAAAUAUUAAAUAUUGUAGAUAAAAAUACUUGUUCUAAUAAAAAAUGUUUUAUGAUA